AGUAAGGUGCCACAGUCCUGCAAUGUGCAUGCCAGAAUUUUGGAUUUGCGAUGGAAAUAUUGAUUGUAACGACAAGUCCGAUGAAAGCAAUUGCAGCACAGAUGAAGGAGAUGGCACCGAAAUUACCAUCUAUGUCAACAGCUGUAAUGUCAGUGAGAUUGCAUGUCAGAUAUCUGGAACCAUGAGCUGUGUAGGGAUUGCAAAACAAUGUGAUGGAUCAAAUGAUUGUGAUAAUGGUGAAGAUGAACCAGCAGAUUGUUUGGAACAGUGUGAUACAAUUGUACGCGUGCCAGAAAUGCCAGAAUGUGAUCAUAUUUGCAAGGAAGCGGUAAAUGGUCCACUAUGUUCUUGUCGUGAAGGAUACAGAUUAAUGGAAAACAACAGGACGUGUAUCGAUAUCAAUGAGUGUGAAGAAAGGGUGGGAGAAAAUAUUCAAAAAGUUUCUUGCGAUCAAUUAUGUAUCAAUACAGAAGGAAGCUUCCGAUGCGCUUGUGGUCCUGGUUAUGUCUUGAUAUCAGACGAAAAUCGAUGCAAAGCGGAAGAUGGCAGCGGCGCAAUUCUUCGUAUCGGUUUCAACGACGCUUUGAGGGAAAUGGAUUUGCCACAUCAUCACAGACUAACCAGUUACGGGACUCCAUCAUUUCUUCACUACUCAGAUGUCGAUGGAAUUAUGCCGUCUAUUGGAGGACAAAUAAUUGAUUUCGAUUAUCUUGUCGAAAAUAAAACGUACGUAUGGCUGGAACAAUUAGAUCAUGCAUCUGUAAUUAAAGCAAAAUCUGAAAAUGAAUCUGCAAAAGUUUUGCUAAGCGUUAGCUCAAUUGAAGCAAAAAUUCAAAGAAUAUCAGUUGACUGGAUUGAAUAUAAUGUAUUUUUCACUGCGAUUCAAAAAAACUCUACAAAUGACGAAUGUUCAGCAUGUGGACGUAUUGGUCUUAUUCCCAUUUCUACACCCAAAGCCGAAUCUGUUGACGAUGCGUCAGUGAUUCAUGGAAUAGCAGAAAACUUUAAUAACGUUUUUGACAUUGUUGCCGUACCGCAUAAAGGGAUGGUAUUUACUUGUGAAUAUUCUCGAUUUGGUCGAAUAAUCGGAAUAGCUAUGGACGGAUCAGAAUCAUGGACAAUACAUCGGAACAUUGCAUGGCCCAUAUCAUUGACAUACGAUAGCGCAACAAAUCAUAUUUACUGGGCACAAUCUCCGCCUAUACAAACAUCAUACAACGAUGUACUUUAUUCAAUUCAUAGGAUAUCAGUCCGGCCAAGUAGCAAUGACGCGUCUGUCCUAAUAUCUCGGUCGGUUCCAUACUUUAAAACGCCAUCUUCUAUCGCCAUCUUUGAGUCUCGACUGUAUUGGUAUGAUAUCGCUCGACAUGAAGUUUUAUCAGUUGAUUCGACGAACGGAAAAAAUCACCACGUCAUAGCUAAAGUCGGCGUCCGGACAAAUUAUUCUCAUCCGAUAAUAAUUUCCCACUCUGCUCUUCAACCAGCAUUCCAAGAAAAUCCUUGCUCAAAGUUUAACUGUGAGUACGCCUGUGUGCUUGCGUCUACCAAUAUUAAUGAUAUGAGUUCAGAUGCGAAUCUAGUUGCCGAAUGUGUUUGCCCCGAUAACAAAGAUUAUUUCAGACUGACAUCGAUGUGCAAAGAAAAAUUCCAAGACAAUUUUUUGAUAAAUGUUGAGGGUGGUAUCAUAAGACUGAUGUAUGAGGGUGGUUUGGAAAACAGAAUUAACCUGAUUGGCGACUCUUCUGCAUACGCUAUAGCUUAUGACAUCACUCGAAGAAGAGUUUAUUUUCCAGGAUCUCAGCAAGAUAUUCAUUAUGUUGAUAUUAAUGAUUAUAAUUACAAAAGUUACACCAUGAUUGACAUACUAGUAUCAACGAGGUAUUUCACGAUUGAUCCAACUUCGGGAAAUAUUUAUUGGUCUCCGAAUGAAAGUUGUGAAAUAAGAGCGGCAUCACCAAAUGAAAUCACAGAGGAUAGUGAAGAUAAAGUACAAAUUUUUCCGCAAAAGACAAUUUUGGAAAGAGAAGAUUUUUGUCCCGAGGGACUUGCUUUUGACACGAAUCGAAAUUUAAUCUACUUUAUCAAUGCCGCAAACAAACCCGCUCUAUACUCAGUAAAUCUUGAUGGAAGUGACGUCAAAUUAAUUCAAACAGUUUCUCCAAGUCAAGAAGUAAUUCACAUGACUUAUGACCCCUAUGAGGAUCGAGUCGUUUAUAUUGCUGGCGGAGUGUUUGACACUGUUUUGAUAUACAGUCUGUCAGUUACCAAGAAAGACUUUGCGCUGUAUAGACCAUCGUCGCCAAAUAUAACUGCUGUUGCUGUCUCUCCUGAUCUACUGUUUACAUAUGAUCCUGAAUUGGAUCAAGUCCGCAGCCAAAGAAAAAGUAAAGUCGGAGCAAAUGAGAGAGAUAAGAUAAACGAGAAUCGGACUUAUAUCAGUGAACAUGCAAAAAAGCGAGGAGGAGGAUUAGUUUACGUGGACAGAGAUUUGAUAAAUUUUGAGAAAGAAGAUCACCCUUGUUGGUUAAAAAGCACCAGAAAGGCUCCAUGCACUCAUUUUUGUUUCCCACACAAUAACACUGAUGGAUAUGUGUGUGGAUGUUCAGAAGGCUACUCGCUUUCAAAAGAUGGGUUUUCAUGCACAAAAGCUAUUUGCGGUAUCGGUGAAUUUCAGUGUAAGCAGACAAACAUGAGCACAGUUGGUUUCAAGAGAGAGUUUGGUGAAGAGAUGUAUCCUGUAUGUAUCCCACAACUACUUGUCUGUGAUCGGAGAAGUUCAAAUUGCUUCGAUGCCAGUGACGAAUCAACUGCUAUAUGCGGUUGCGAGUCACCAGAAUUUAAAGAAUGUAUUCCACCGGGAAGUUCGCCUGAUGCCGGUAAUUAUCAAUGCAUACGAUCGGCGUAUUUUUGCGAUGGUGGAAUCGAUUGUUUGAAUCAAGCAGACGAGAUGAAUUGUACUUGUGACACUUCGUUAAAUUUCUUGUGUCCAGAAGAAGGAACAGAUAACUUAGCUUUGUGUAUUCCCAACGAAUGGGUUAAUGACUACGAGGAAGAUUGUAUCGGGGGUGCUGACGAGACCACUCCUGUAUGUUACGAUGAUGAAUAUGAAUGCUCCACUGGAGGAUUUUGCAUAGAUAAAGAAUUUUUAUGCAACGGUUUCUAUGAUUGUCCCGAACCUCAUGAUGACGAAUGGGGAUGUGAAGAUGCCGAAACAACCACAGCAACCAAGAACAGUUCUGAAAUAACUUCGUUUAAUACAACGAGUGCGACCACUGCAACGACUACACCGCCUACAACGACCACAACAACUGUAGCUACAACAACAAAAGCACCUUGCGGCAUGCAUCAAUAUACAUGCGAUGAUGGAGAUUGCAUCAGGAUGAAUUGGGUUUGUGAUGGAAGACCGGAUUGUGGAGAUGGGUCAGACGAAGGCCAAAAUUGUUCUAAAAAUUGUAUUGAUCAUCCUGUUGUUAAUCAAAGAUGUCUGGAUCACUGUCACAGAACUCCCAGAGGACCAAGUUGUAGAUGCAUGGUUGGAUAUCAGUUUGACGUCACAACGCAAAUUUGUAUAGAUAUAAAUGAAUGCAAAGUUAACAAACACCAAUGCGAUCAUGUAUGCGCGAAUUCUGAAGGAUCUUUUAAAUGUUUAUGUUUACGCGGAUACUUAUUAGAACACGGGCACCGGUGCAAAGCUAAAGGUGACGAACCGUUUUUGCUAUCUGCAUUUGAAAAAGAUUUUCGAAUUUUCACCGCGAGAUCUAAAAUACAUUAUGAAGCCGUUCAUUUGAAAUUCGACCAAGAAGUUUCAGAAAUUCAACCAAGAACGUUUGCAGUGAAAGGUCAAAACGAGUUUUACUGGAUUGAUGGAAAUUCGUCAUCAUUAUACUUGACCAACAUAUGGACUGGAAAUACUACACUUUUAACAAGAUAUUUACCAGAUAUUUCUGUUAUUCAAUGGGACUGGAUUGGAAAGAAUAUAUUCUGGACCAAUCAGAAGCAAAUCGAAAUUGUGACAGCAACAGGACAAUAUUCAGUGAGCAUCAUCACAGCUAACUCUAAAAUAAAUGGAUUAGCAUUGCAUCCAAACUUAGGCAAACUAUUCUAUUCGUCGAUUGAGGGAAUUAAUCACGGAAAACUCACCCGCUGUUCGAGUUCUGGAGAAAAUUGUGUAAUAUUCGCCGAAGAGAACGGUGAUAUUUUCCGUACCUUGGCCAUCGAUGUUGUUGAAAAUGUUUUGUACUGGGUUUUACAUUACGGAAAUAAGAUAGAAAGUUCACCGAUGGACAAAUUCCAGAGAAACUUUGUUGUCUCAGCCACAGAUGGAAAAACUGUCACGGGUUUGUCUGUUUUUGAACAUAAUUUUUUCUGGAUUGAAGCCGAUGCCAUGAAAAGCGAGGUCGAUGGAGUUGGUUUGGUACAUAUAGGAAAACAUGCGUAUGCCCAAGGGAGAUAUGCCAGAGUAUACUCUAUUGAUAAGAAUACAAGAGAUCUGCAAUCUAAGAAAAUUAUCCGAGAAACUUUCAUGGCUCACGGAUUGGGUGUUGUCCAAGAAUGGAGUCAACCUAAAUUAGAGUUUAAUCAGUGCGAAAUAGUAAAUUGCAUGUACUUUUGUUCUGGUGGACACAAAUCAAACUGGCUUUGCAAAUGUCCGUCGGCAAAGUUACACAGCACUUCAGCAUUUCCUCCGCCAGAAGCUGUUCACAACUUUUGUGACGAAUUUUGUCCAACACCAAUAUCGAAAAACAAGAUUAUAUUGGAAAUUAAGAAAUCCGGGAAAAAAGUAGGGGAGCAAAGCAUAGUUCAUUGUCCAGGCCAUUCCACAGAAUACACUUUGGUAUGUGAACCAUCCGGUACAUGGAGCAAUCUACCAACAUGUCCAAAAAAUCGCGUUCAAUGCCAACCGCCACAAUUGCGAAAUCACCAAAAUGUCAAAAUAUUAUCAAAUCCAAAUGCUAAAUUAGUUAUGGAGGCAAAAACGUACUUUGAAAAGAGCACGAUUCUCGUUUCAUGUGCAGAUGGAUAUGUAUCAAAUGAUACAAAUAUUUCAAAUUCUACAACUAUGGUUUGCAAUAAUAAAGGGACAUGGGAAGGAGUGUAUUUUGACUGUAAAUUACAGACGACAGAAUCGCAAGGGAACGCAAAUGAUUCGAAGAGUACAUCAAGUAAACAUGACAAUGGAAAUGCAAGAAGUAUAGCUGUGGCACUUGUUGUUGUUAUUAUGCUCAUGAUACUCUUAGUUUUGUUAUUAUGCUGGUGGCGACGGAAAAAGGGAUACAGUUGUCUGUUUUUUCGUAAAAAUUAUUUCUCUCCUCAAAAAUUACUGUCUCCUCGCACAUCAGUUUCGGAUGUGGCUGGAGUCAACAACCCCGGUUACGUUGUUUCAUACAAGCCGGCGGAAAGCGGCGUGUCCGUGGAAACUGGCAACAGCAGUGGGCAAACAGCGAGGUAGUGAAGUCAAAGAACGUUCAAUGAAUUUCUCAGUAAAAUCAUUGUUGUGCAAAUCCAUUUAAUCUAUAUAUAUAUAUAAAACAUUGCUCUGGUUCAAUAACCUGAUAUCAAUCUGUUUAUUGAUGUCAAAGCAAAAUAGAACAGUAUGUUUGAAGACGCUACACGUUAUGUAUGUAUGUUACGCAAGUAUUUUGUUUUCCUCCUGUGAACAGUUUCAAAUAAAAGUUGAAUUUU